AUGACCUCUGUCGAAAGAGACAGUAGUGGUGUGUAUGGCCAGGUUGAAAAGCCAAGCUACAGCAUUCUCACCUACACGUGGGGUCGGUGGAAAGUCAGAAGCCAAACACAGCAGGACCAGCCUGCUAUACCGAUCAAGGGAACCAACUGGAAAAUGCCCGUCGUGAAAAAGGAGCAUUUCACGGUUGCUCAAUUUCAGGCUGUCCUGGACAGGAUGCGAGAUGGGGGCAGCGACUGGGCUUGGGUAGAUAUUGCAUGUAUCGACCAAGAAGACGAAGAACUCAACGCACAAGAGGUUGGCAGGCAGGCUAGCAUCUUUAAGAAAGCCCGUAAUGUGUAUGUCUGGUUGUCAGGACUCUCCACUGAUGUCCUGCAAAAGGUUAUCAAUGAGAUCUCAAAGACCGGGCCACACUUGACAAAUCACCUUAUGGAGCAUCUACCAGGUCUGCCAUAUGUUCAUCUCAACCGUCUAUAUACUGCCUUUGAUAUCCUCUUCAGUGACCCAUGGUUUUCAUCUCUGUGGACACUGCAGGAGGUCAUUAUGCGACAUGAUGCAAAGGUCCUUAGCAGCAGUGCUGAGUCAGUCCGAUGGGACGAGGACCACUCAACGUUCCUAAGCAUGGUAAUCAACGCCUGUCGGAAUAUAUACGGCGACCUCGACCACCUACGAGAAGCUUUAAGCACAGUUGAGCGAGACAAUGGCCACCUGUCGCCUGACGAGGAGCGCGUCCGGGAUGAGGUGACCCAGCUGAGUAAACAUAUCCUGCGAGCCGGGUUCAACUUCUUUCUGGGAACAAAUCCCAAUAUUCAGUAUGGGAUCGCCAAGUAUCGGCGGACCUCUCGAGAAGUUGAUCGAAUCUACGCUAUCAUGCAGAUCUAUAACCUGCGCGUCGGCAAAUCCGCUCGUCCAGGGGAUAGUCCUGCGCUGCCCAGCCUGAUCAACGAGUUUGCACUGGCAAUUAUCACACAGUGCCCCGUUAUAGGACAAUCAUUCAUUCACACUACGCCUCCAGCUCGAGGUCUGAGUUGGCGGAUUACCGAAAACUCGACUGUACCUCAUUUUCUACGGACUUUCAAUAAUAUGAGGCCACAGUGCAGCGUUGUGUGUGAUUCUUUCAGCAACAAUCUCCGGAUCACUGGGAAAGUGUGCCUAUUGCAUUUAUUAGGCCGUCCAAAAAAUCCCUUCACCGGCAUCGAUUCUAGUGGAAUCACAGUAGCUGCUGACGCAAUGCGCAGAAAGACUGUACAUCCUAUGGGGAAAAGUGCCCAUGACACCUCUGGGCUCUCUGACUAUCUACAGCUACAGAUAGAAUACGGCCGAGAUAUAUGGGUUCUCCUCCUGGGCAAGGGCGAUACUUGGACGGGAACGGUGACUUAUGGAUUGCUAGUCUAUCCAGGGGAGAAGGAAUCGGGGGAAUGGCUUCUCGGAAAAGACCCUUGCAAGCGUGUGGGAGUCUGCAGUGUUAGACCGAUGACAAGAAUCAUACCCUGGAGACAAGCCACAAUCCUGCUGGAAUAA